AGCCUUCACAGCCCCGCAAGCGCAGCCUGGGCCUGGAGUGUUUCCUGUGGGGACUCCACCGACGCCCCCUGUGUCUGCGAAGCCGGGAGCAGCGGCCUGGCCCCUGGAAGUCAACAGCCACCUCGGGGAGGGUCUCACCAGGGAGAGGGUAAUGUGAAUGUCGAGCUGCCUGGACAUGCCUUCGGGGGCGUGAUGGACCCGAGGCAGGGGUGUUCCCUCAGCAGAUACUACCCCAGUCCGUUCCGAGGCUAUGAGCAGAGCAAGGUCAGACACCAGCAGCCAAGGCCAGCAUCUUAUCCUAAUAGUUUCCAGCUUCAGCAAAUCGAGUUUCUCAAGGGACAGCUCUCAGAAAUACCCCUAAUUGGAAAGCAGAUACCAUCACUGCCACCUGGAUUCCUCCCUGGAUUCUGGCCAAGGUUUCCCGGCCCACCUGUCAGAGACAGGCAACAGGAGAUCUGGAGUUUCCCGAGGGGUGUGCCUCUCAGAAGUCAGGUGCUCCCGAGAAGGUUCCAGCCUCCGUCCCCACGUGGCAGGGUCCUGCCAUGGAAAGGUGUGGAUAGGCUUUCCUCGAGUUUCCAGGAACUGAGUAUCAGCCAGGAUCGGGAGCACAGGCAAAGGAUCUUAGAGUUCUUGCAGGAGCUUGGCGAAGGGAAGGCCACCACAGCACAUGAUCUGGCUGGGAAGCUCCGCGCCCCAAAGAAGGAAAUCAAUCGCAUUUUAUACUCUCUGGAAAAGGAGGGUACGCUGCAGCGGGAGGCAGGGACGCCCCCUUGGUGGAGACUUGCAGUCUCAGCUCAGGCUUCGUACCAGCACAGCCAAGUAGCAGGGGCAGACAGCUGCAACCAGGACGCUCCAGACUCAGACCCCCGAUUUGAAGCUGAAGGCAGAAACCCCACAUCUGACUUGGAACAUCCUCCUGAGCCUCUUGACAUGGCUGAGAUCAAGGAGGAAAUCUGCAACUACCUGUUCAAUGUGCCCAAGUCCUCGGCCCUGAAUUUGGCUAAAAAUAUUGGACUCACGAGAGCCCGGGAUGUCAAUGCAGUGCUGAUUGACUUGGAAAGGCAGGGGGACGUCUGCAAGCAAGGGCCAGCCCCUUCCGUGUGGUGUUUGACAGAGAAGAAGCGGGAGAGGAUGCAGCUCAAGAACAGUGCCCUGGACACCACGCGAGCUGCUACCCCGGAGGCCAGAAGAAACGAGCUGCCCACCUGCGACUUACCCAUGCCAGACGCCUCGAACAGCGUGACCACGGGGAAAGUGGAGAAUGGGCAGGAACCGGUCAUAAAAUUAGAAAGUGGGCAAGACGUAACACCCAAACCAGUAAAACCAAAACCACCUGUUCUUGACAAUGGCCCCUCAAAAACAGGGUAUGUUGACUUUGAAAAUGGCCAGUGGGCCACGGAUGACAUCCCAGAUGACUUGAAUAGUAUCCAUGCAGCCCCAGGUGAGUUUCGAGCCAUCAUGGAGAUGCCCUCCUUCUACAGUCAUGGCUUGCCACGGUGUUCACCCUACAAGAAACUGACCGAGUGCCAGCUGAAGAACCCCAUCAGCGGGCUGUUAGAAUACGCUCAGUUCGCUAGUCAGACCUGUGAGUUCAACCUCGUAGAGCAGAGUGGACCACCCCAUGAACCUCGAUUUAAAUUCCAAGUUGUCAUCAGUGGCCGAGAGUUUCCCCCAGCUGAAGCUGGCAGCAAGAAAGUGGCCAAGCAGGAUGCAGCUAUGAAAGCCAUGACAAUUCUGCUUGAGGAAGCUAAAGCCAAGGACAGUGGAAGACCAGAAGAAGCAUACUACUGUUCCCUAGAGAAAGAAUCCGAGAAGACUGCAGAGUCCCAGUCCACCACCCCUUCAGCAACUUCCUUCUUUUCUGGAAAGAACCCCGUCACUACAUUGCUUGAGUGUGUGCACAAGUUGGGGAGCUCCUGUGAAUUCCGCCUCCUAUCCAGAGAAGGCCCUGCCCAUGACCCCAAGUUCCAGUACUGUGUUGCAAUGGGACCCCAUACUUUCCCCACUGUAAGUGCCCCCAGCAAGAAAGUGGCAAAGCAGAUGGCAGCCGAGGAAGCCAUGAAGGCCCUGCACGGGGAGGCGACUAACUCGACACCCGAUAACCAGCCUGGAAGUACCCACACAGAAUCAUUCGAUACCUUGGAAUCUGUGAUGCCCAACAAGGUCAGGAGGAUUGGCGAGCUCGUCAGAUAUCUGAACACCAACCCGGUGGGCGGCCUGUUAGAGUACGCCCGCUCCCACGGCUUUGCUGCGGAGUUCAAGCUGGUUGACCAGUCCGGACCUCCUCACGAGCCCAAGUUUGUUUAUCAAGCAAAAGUUGGGGGUCGCUGGUUCCCAGCCGUCUGCGCGCACAGCAAGAAGCAAGGCAAACAGGAGGCAGCGGACGCCGCUCUCCGCGUCCUGAUUGGGGAGAACGAGAAGGCAGAGCGCAUGGGUUUCACAGAGGUAACCCCAGUGACAGGGGCCAGUCUCAGAAGAACUAUGCUCCUCCUCUCAAGGUCCCCAGAAGCACAGCCAAAGACACUCCCUCUCACCGGCAGCACCUUCCACGACCAGAUAGCCAUGCUGAGCCACCGGUGCUUCAACGCGCUCACCAACAGCUUCCAGCCCUCCUUGCUUGGCCGCAAGAUCCUGGCUGCCAUCAUCAUGAAGAAAGACUCUGAUGACCUGGGGGUCGUGGUCAGCUUGGGGACAGGGAACCGCUGUGUGAAAGGAGACUCUCUGAGCCUAAAGGGAGAGACGGUCAAUGACUGCCACGCGGAGAUCAUCUCCCGCAGGGGCUUCAUCAGAUUUCUCUACAGUGAGUUAAUGAAGUACAACCCCCAGACUGCAAAGGAUAGUAUAUUUGAGCCUGCUAAGGGAGGAGAAAAGCUCCAAAUAAAGAAGACUGUGUCUUUCCACCUUUACAUCAGCACGGCCCCGUGUGGGGACGGGGCUCUCUUUGACAAGUCCUGCAGCGACCGUGCAGUGGAGAGCACAGACUCCCGCCACUACCCUGUGUUUGAGAAUCCCAAACAAGGCAAGCUCCGCACCAAAGUAGAAAACGGGGAAGGCACAAUCCCGGUGGAGUCCAGUGACAUUGUGCCCACGUGGGAUGGCAUUCGGCUCGGGGAGAGACUCCGUACCAUGUCCUGUAGUGACAAAAUCCUACGCUGGAAUGUGCUCGGCCUGCAAGGAGCGCUGUUGACCCACUUCCUGCAGCCCGUGUACCUCAAAUCCGUCACGCUGGGUUACCUUUUCAGCCAAGGGCAUCUGACUCGUGCCAUUUGCUGCCGUGUGACAAGAGAUGGGAGUGCAUUUGAGGAUGGACUACGACAUCCCUUUAUUGUCAACCACCCCAAGGUUGGCCGAGUCAGCGUAUAUGAUUCCAAAAGGCAGUCCGGGAAGACGAAGGAGACGAGCGUCAACUGGUGUUUGGCCGACGGCUAUGACCUGGAGAUCCUGGAUGGGACCAGGGGCACCGUGGACGGGCCACGGAAUGAAUUGUCCAGGGUCUCCAAAAAGAACAUUUUUCUUCUGUUUAAGAAGCUGUGUUCCUUCCGGUACCGCAGGGAUCUACUUAAACUCUCCUAUGGUGAGGCCAAGAAAGCUGCCCGCGACUACGAGAUAGCCAAGAACUACUUCAAAAAAAGCCUGAAAGACAUGGGCUAUGGGAACUGGAUAAGCAAACCUCAGGAGGAAAAGAAUUUUUACCUCUGCCCAGUAUAGUGUGAUCCAGUGGCUGGGGGUUGGGGUGUUUUACACUGGGGUGAGAGAGGGGUAGUCAUAGCAUUCCUCCGGUCCCGGGCUCUUUUUUCCCUUUUCUUUUCUUCUCUCUUCUUUUUAACGGAACCACAGUUGGUGACACUGAGACCUUGGGGUUCCUGUUUAUCCUGCUCUCUGGGAAUACCCGACCUCACCAGGCCCCUUCUCUCUUCUCAAGCAAAGAGGUCGAGACAGGGGAGUGGAGGGUUCUGCUCUCCACCAGUGCGGAGCCGCACCUGCACACCCGCCGUCCAUCUCGAGAUCUCUCUGCUCGGGGUGUCCGUUCCCUUCCCCUGUCGGCCACUCUGGCCUCCUGUGGUCGUGAUUAGGUUCUAAUCAACUCUGUGAAUCAUGUCAGGGACCGAUGAAGAUUUCAUGUGUGGAUUCUGCAAGCCCUUCUGCUUACCCUCUGCCCCUUCUGAGAGUCCUUCCUAUAAUCAAGUUUCUCAUUUUCCUCCAAGAGGGUAAAGAGGUGAACGUAGAGAAUUUGGAGAGAGACUUAUAAGAGCAGGAGUUUGAAAUGCAGUCAGUUGAUGACUGGCGCCCAGUGUGAUUGGAAUCUGCAGAUAGUGCUCAGUGAUCUCAGAUCUUGCACUUCAGCCAACUCAGGAGGAGCCAAGAGGCCCGGAAAGCUGCCUCCCUUCCCCAAGUGGCAGGGAAGGAGACAACCAGCCAGACACGGAGGGAAUUGCAGCUGUGGUGCCCCCUGCAGGGGUGACGCGAGCCGUUCCUGGGGAGCACAGACAUGCCCUGGACGGUGGCCAGCUCCCAGCUGCCCCCUCCUGACGCAGUCCUAGGAAUGUGUCCUCCCAGUAGGGGUUAGGGCCUGGAGGGUGAAACGCCUCUGCUUAGAUAAACAGGACUUAGCAGGAAUCAGGCAAAAAGUGAUGUUGGGUCAGAUCACUGUUCUACCGGCAUGUUUCUGACAGUUGAUCAAGACAUGGGUAAAUUAGGAGUAUUUGAAAGAAUGCCAUAAAUGUUGAGUCUUAAAUGCUCCAGAUAACCUGUAAUUGCCCAGAUUUAAAUUCAGACAUAAUUUUUCAUUUACCCAAGUGCUUCUGCUUUGUCAGGUGACUUCUGAAGGUCAUUCUUGGGUGGGUCACAGACCUGAGCUCUGCCUGCCUGUAUGGAAUCCACAGGGCUGAUGUAUGACAGCAGUUAUAGGUGAAAGGGCAGGUUGUCCUCAAAGUCUAUGAGGUGGAGCCCUUGGUCUGCACCUCAAGCUCACGAAGCUCGCGGUGAGAGCCAUCAGCCUCUCUGAGGAGUCUGGCUCUGGGCCAACAUCAGGCAGCCAUGCUCCAGAGAAGCACAGAGGCCCCGCCACCCUGAGACCGGAGCUGGCCUCUCUAGAGAAUCCCUCUAUCUUGAUCUGUUAACACGCUGAGCCGGCACCUCAAAUGAUUCCCCGCCUCUCCCAGCCUCGCACACAACUGACCCGUAAACUCUCAUCUGUCCCACCUCUUCAACAAUAGAUACCCACAGUCACACUUUUAUUCUUGUGGCUACUAUUCCCCAAAAUUGGCCAAAUGAGAAAACCGAAGUUUUAUUAAUACACCAAGGAUGUCGGCGGAACACCAGUGUCCCAAGGAGCUGCUGGGAAACCGCGCUGUCUUCCAGAGGGAGGUGCGUGCCUCACCCCGCCCUGUGAACCUCGGAGGCGGCUGACCUCCUGGUCCUUCAGGCUGGAGGUGUCAUCCCUGGUUCCUCAGGACAUCAGCCCCUCUGGUUCAUCGCGGGCGCUGGAACCUCCUGCAGAGCUCAGACUUAGCGCUCGAACCAGGAGGACGGGGCUCUCAAAAGACCAGAGCCCCUGCUCACCCCAAUCUUGUCUAGCAACCUGGUAGUGUUUGGUUUCUGCUGUAGGAAGAGGGCAAGGCACCCCUGAACCCCGCGUCUGCUGGAAACGAGCCUGUGUCAGGCCCUGUACGGCCGCACCCCCCAUACCCCUGGGAGUCACACAGGACAGAGGAGGCAGAGCCCCCGCCUAGAGUAUUCUCUUCACUUUCUUGUCCGAUCUUUGUUUUUAAUAAGCAGGACCCCCCCCCCUUUUUUUAAACAAUCUUUGUAGUUGAUUUGUCUGAACUGUGGCUAUUGUGCAUUCUUUGAAUAAUCACUUGUAAAAAUUGUCGCCGCUUGAAGCUAUUUCCUUUACUCACUUUGAAGGGACUGUGUUGGUUUUGGGGUCUUGGCAGUGACUCCAAGAGCAGAGUGAGGAAGAGCCCAAGCACGGACUUGGUGCCAUGAUGGCUGCAGUCAGUCUUUGAUUCCGCUUUUAUGUGUCGCUUGGUAACAGUGACUAACCUUAUACAUUCCUCCUAAAUAAAAAAAGAAAGAAAGAGAGAGAAUCUGAAUUGGUAGAAAGCUUCAAGUCUUGGUUCUUGGUGGGGGAGAAGUGGGGACAGUUUCCGGCAGCAGCACCAGCUGCAUCUGACACCUGGGGACAGGCCACCCCACCUGCAGAAAGGCGCCAUUUCAAUGCGCCUGCCCGGGAGGUGAGCUUGCGUCGGGCAGAGAGGUACAUCAGGUACCCCCAUCAGAGCUCGGCCUUAAAUGUCUCGUUCCUAGGACUUGAUAGGCAAGAUUGCAAGGCCCAGGGUAGGAAAAGAUUCCAUGAGACAGUACCAGAGGACGCACAGAAUUCCACCUCUCCUUGAGAGUGGUUUUACAGCUCCCUCCGCUCAACAUCCCCCCCCCCCCCCAGGUGCUUUGCCUGCAGGGACGUGCAUGUUUGGAGUCAAGUCGCCGACUGAAUAGGACUGGCUCAGCUGCAGUCUCAGGAGACAGGACAUUUGCUUUUUACUUUCUAGAUGGCAUCCAGAAUAUUUCUUCGUCUUGAAUUUCAAAGAGAACGCACCACUUUGCACGUUGUAAUUUAGUCCAGAAUUUCUAUAAAAUUCAUCCUUGACCUUUUAAAAAUUAUAUACCAGAGGACACAAGGGCAAGGCUGUAAAUCACAACGAAGCUGCCUUCCUCACCCAUUGUGCAGACGCAAGAGCUGGGCCAGGAGGGCCGGUGACAUGCCUGGGGCACGCUAAGGGCCAGAAGAACUGAGUCAUUCAGCCUGUUGAAAUGGUGCUGCUGGGUGAGCUGGACAGUUUUAAAGACAGGAAAGGACGGUGUGUCUGUUGCCAUGAUGUACCGGGAACCUGGAGCGCCUCUGUCCUGUCUGCAGGCAGCUCCUGUUCCACCGGGAGGGAGACGUACCCAGGUCUUUGAGGAAGUGGGUAGUUUCUUUCAUGACUAAGGCUGGUGCCAGAUGUGUCUGCAGAGGGAACAGGCUGUCCUCCCCCCCACCCCUGACGGGGCCAGGGGUACACUGCGUGCAGGACCACAGGAGUGUCUUCGUUGCUGUUCACCCUGCGUUUCACCUAGGAGGCCCACAACUGAAUGCCAUUCCCUGGAUUUGGGCCCGUUUCACACCAGUGUCUGGGAGAAGCUCGCCUCCGCGCAGGCCACAGCUUCGGCUUCCCAGAGCUGAGCUGUGAGGGGCCCGCCACCCCUGCCUCCAGGAGAUGGGUCCUCCCCGGAGUUGUUUCUGGGCUCUGUCUACUGCAGGCCCAGCCAUUUGGUCAUUUCAUUUCCAUCUAAUGAAGGGACUUGUAACACAUCACAAUAAUUGAACUGUUACCACUGACCUUUUCUCUUCAGGUUCUUCUAAUGUCUUCGAUGUCUAGUUUUCCCAGCAUUCUGUGUUUCCCAUAUUUGCCAACCCGGCCCAUGAGGGUCCUCCCCACCCCCCAGUAUGAGACAAGACAUAUUUGGAAACAACUUGUCUUUACAAGCGUCUUGAGUUCCUAAUGAGUCUGGCCUGGAGUGGGCUAGACCAGUGCAAAUAGUCCAGGAACACAGACAAGGGAGGCCAACCAGGCCAGUGUAGGGGAGAUGGACCCCAAGGGUGGAUGAGUGAGGUGCCCUAACGGUCCCUAGACCUGCAGUCCCUUAGGGCCCAUGUGGCUGUCACACUGACCUCUUGGACCUGUUGGGAUGAAUGAUGGGGGGAAAGGAGGGACAUCUAUAAUACU